AUGUCGGUGGAGCUGAAAGAAGAGGUGAAAGUGGAGAAGAAGGAGAAGGAGAAGGUGCACCAGAAGCUGAAGAACAAGGUGAAGAAGCUGAAAAAGUCGAAAUCGGUCGGUUGCCAGUGUGAUCGGUGCAAGAAGGCCGCCGAAGAGGUAAUUGUCGUCUUCGGACACGUCAUCCGCAGGGCCCGUCAAUCUCUUUCCCCUCGUUUUUCGUUUUUCUUCGCCGUCGCCUUCGUCCGCUGCUCGUGGCAUACAUUUAUCCAUUUUUUAGUAUUAUACAUGCACUCGAGUGUGGUACACAACUUUCAUCUUUGGUUAUUUGCUUCUAACCCUUUCCAUUCCGUUCGUUUGCAAAAAGGAAUGGAGUAGUGAAAAAAUGAAAGAAAGGCAAGAGGUGCCCCUAUUAAAUCGGUGCUCUCGGUGCUCUCGGAGCCCCACACACACACACGCACCCAAGAGAGCUCUUUUCUCUUGCGAAACCCGCGCCGCACACGCACACAAGUGUAUUGAAAAAGAAGAAGAAGGAAAAGAAGAAGAAGAAGAAGAAGCGGUUGUGCAUGCUCGGUGAGCUCCUCAUGCGAGUGGCCGCGCAUCGAUCCAUUCGUGGCUGCCUGGGCUCACCACACAACAGCUUCACACAUGGGCUCGGCCCCCACGAGCACACACACACACACACACACACACAUGGAGAGAGAGAAGCCAGAGAGCUCCGUCGUUUCCCACUCACUCUUCCUUCAUUCUUCUUCUUCUUUUUUUUUUCGCCUAGUUGUAGUCGGACACUUGUCUCCGUUGAGACAGCUGAUAAAAUGAGUGAUAAGCGACACGUCUCGCCCGAUCAUUUUUUUAAUAACUAUUUUCGUUUUCGUGUCUGUGUCUCUGGGGAAAUUAGAUAUUUUCAUCGCGUUCUGGGCGAUAGAAACAGAGUAAAACAAGUGAACUUUGAGCAUUUUCAGAUGGCGGCUGGUGGACAACCUCAAGGCGCUGCGCCGGGACAACCCGAUCAGAACUUUGACUACAUGUUCAAGGUGAGCGCUAAUUACACCCUCUCUUUCUCUUUUUUGACGCCCAUUUCCCAUUCCAAUUUCCACUCGACCACUCUCUUUUCUCUUCCCCUCGCUCGGCUCCCAAAAGAAGAAGACGUCGGCGGUGGCGGCGGGGGGGAAAUUCGUGAAAAACUUUCACUUUUCUUUCUUCGCCGCCGCCACUCUCCCCCAAAAUCGAUGGGUUGGUGGUGGUGGCGUCCGCGCGCCAAAAGUCUCUGGUUUCAUAUUUUAUUUGACAAACCAGAGCGAACCGUCGAGCGAAAAACGAAAAACGAGAAGAAGGGCUACUUUGUGUUGGCUUUCAGCUGCUGAUCAUCGGAAACUCGUCGGUCGGAAAGACGUCGUUCCUGUUCCGCUACUGCGACGACUCGUUCACCUCCGCGUUCGUCUCCACCGUCGGCAUCGACUUCAAAGUCAAGACCGUGUUCCGUGGCGACAAACGUGUCAAGCUUCAAAUCUGGGUACCAUAAUCCUUCGGUCCCCGAAAACCGACGGUACUCUUUUCAGGACACGGCCGGACAAGAGAGGUACCGCACGAUCACGACCGCCUACUACCGAGGCGCGAUGGGAUUCAUUCUGAUGUACGACAUCACCAACGAGGAGUCGUUCAACAGUGUUCAGGAUUGGUUCGUCUUCUAGCUUUUUGGUCCCUUUCAGGGAAACUAGAGAUAUUGUAGGUGCACUCAAAUCAAGACGUACUCGUGGGAGAACGCGCAGGUCGUUUUGGUGGGAAACAAGUGCGAUAUGGAUGCGGAGAGAGUGGUGUCCAUGGACAGAGGACGUCAGCUGGCCGAUCAACUUGGUAUCCCACAAUAUCCCUUCAAAAUAAAACAACUAUUUUCUUUACAGGACUCGAGUUCUUCGAAACUUCGGCAAAAGAGAACAUCAACGUGAAGGCGGUGUUCGAGAAGCUCGUCGAGAUCAUUUGUGACAAAAUGGCCGAGAGCCUGGACAAGGACCCGCAGCAGCAGCCGAAGGGACAGAAACUCGAGGCGAAUCCGACCCAGAAGCCAGCUCAGCAGCAGUGCAAUUGCUAA